AAGAGCAAGAGCUUGGGGGGGCAGACUCUGGAUUGGUGUUCUGGGCAAUUUCAACUUCAGGGCAACUUUUGAGAACUUCAGUUAUUUUUGGUUCUGACAUACAGCUGAGACCAGGGGAGCCUGAGAUUGAUGCUGAUGCAGAAGACGACGAUUCUGUCAAUGAAGUGACAAUAGAAAACAUACGGCCAAGGCCACAAGGAUCCUCUCCAGUUUAUGAGUAUUCCAUAGAAGAAGAAUAUUUUAACAAAAAGCUACAAGAAGAUACAGAGAAUGAAAAAUAUUCCACAGACAAACAGAAAAUGAGUCAUUCACAGGAGUCUAUGGAGGUGACCCUGAAAACAGAAGUGGAAUCUGGUGCUAGCGGUUUUAGUGUGACUGGUGGAGGAAAUGAAGGAAUAUUUGUAAAGCAGGUGCUCAAAGGAUCCCCUGCUUCGAAAAUAUUCAGUUUGAGAGAAGGUGAUCAGCUAUUAAGUGCCACAAUAUUUUUUGAUAAUAUCAAAUAUGAAGAUGCACUCAAGAUUCUACAAUAUUCCGAGCCAUACAAAGUACAAUUCAGUCUCAAAAGAAAACUUGCUGGGAAAGAAGAGCUAGAAAAAAUUCAUUCUACAGCACAACACAAGAAGGAAAAAAUAAGUCAGGAAAAAGAGCUUAAUGAAAAAAUUCCUGGAACAACACUGGAAAUUUCAGAAAAGAUUAUUUCAGAAGAAGACAAAGAAAAGGGAAUUGUAAAACAAAGGGUGGGAAGAACAAAACGACCCAGAAAAGAGAGAUUGUCCUGGCCCAAAUUCCAGUCAAUGAAAAAUAAAAAGAUUUUGAGGCACAGAAGAUCUCAUAGCACAUCAGAUGCACAUGGGCAUGCUACACAAGAUAUUUCCCCAACAAGCACUGACACUGAGUCACAAUUACAACAAGAAGAAUUCUGUUCUAAAGAGAAAAAAGGAAGCCAAAAGAAACUGAAGUUCCCUAAUAUUGGAUUCAAAAUGCAUAGAACAAAAGCAGAAACAGAAGAGAAGCAGAGAUUAGAAAUAAAAACCAUGACACCAACAAAAAAGGAUAAAAUACGAAAAGAAGAUGUCAGCGUGGAAACUCCAGAAAUAUUAACUGUACAAUAUAGCGCAUCUUCCGCAUAUGAAACAAAAGCAGGUGAAAUACAAGACAAUGUCAAAAUAGACUUAAAAGACAUGGAAAAUGGCUUACCAAUUUAUACAAAGAAGUACUCUGAAGUUGAAAUUAACAUUACAAAACAAAAAGACCAGAGAGCAACAUCUAAACUUACUACUGCAACAUCACAAAUACCACCAAUAACAACACAAAUAUCAAAACCUACAUCAGAAAUACAAACACCUGGUCUCAAAGACAUACAAAGCAAACAAAUGCCACAAGCUUUACCAAGGACGAGAAAAAAGAAACAAAAAAGUUCAUCAGAACAAAAAUCCAUCAAAAUUACUCUGCAACAUCCUGAAGAAGGGAUAACAAAAAAAGAAAUGAGGGAUCACCUAGAACAUACUUCUGUUAAAAUAAAGGGCCUAGAAAUAAAAACAACAAAAAAAGAAACCGGAAAAACAAAACAAGAAAAAGAUAUGAAUGAAGAAUGUGAGCAGGAUCAGGAGCAAAUAUCAGAUAUACAAAAAGAAAACUAUGGAAUUUACACCAAUAAGGGAAAGCAGCCAGAAAAUGAAAUCACAAUACACAAACUGGAAAAUCACAUACACAAGAAAACAGUAAAAAUAGAAGCAAUUGAAAUUGAUAUGGAUGUCCCAAAAGCACCAGUGCAAAUUGAUUCUGUGACAGAAGGCUCAGGCUGGAAAAUUCAAAUGCCAUCACUCAAAAUGCCCAAAAUGCCGAGAGCAGACAUUACAGCACCAAAGGUGGACAUCACCCUCCCAUCAGAAGAUGUUUCUCUUCCAAAGGCAGAGGUGGAGAUUAAGGGCCCAGAAGCAACACCUAAAGCGGUGCAGGUAGAAGGUGAAAUAAAAGCCACUGAUAAAGAUGCCAAAGGAAAAGAAAGUAAGUUCAAAAUGCCAAAAUUCAGUAUGCCUUCAUUUGGCUGGUCCACCACAAAGGAGAUCGGUGGUGGAGUAGCAGAUGUUGAAGCAAGCCUGAAAGAGCCCCAGGUGACAAUGCCAUCAGCCAGGGCAGAAGGACAGAUAACAGUGUCAGGACCUGCAAUUCAGGCUCCAAGUGUUGAACUGGAAAUCGGGACUUCUGCAGGAAAAGAUGGUGAGAAGGGAAAAAUUAAAAUGCCUGAUGUUAAGCUGCCGAGUGUGAAGCUUCCCGAGGUCAAGGCUCCCCAGGUACAGGUCAGUUUGCCAAAGGUGGAGGCAGAUAUUUCCCUUCCCAAAUCACAAGCCGAAAUUAAAGAGGGGGGAUUUGAAGUGAAAGUUCCCGACACGGAAAGCCAUAUUGAAGUUGAGACAGGGAAAGCUGAGGCAACAGGGAUGAAAAUACACAUGCCAAAAGUCAGGAUGCCUUCUAUAGGAUUUUUUAAACCUAAAAUCAAAGCCCCCAAAUUAGACAUGGAUAUUACUUUACCCAAAGCUGAUGUCACACUUCCAACGUGUGAUGUCAGUCUUCAAGAAGCUGACCUGAAAGCAGCCUCUGUUCCCGGAGAUGUCAAAAUCUCAGCACCUGAAGUCAAGAUGCCCAAAAGAGAAGGUUCCAUUGAGCUGAAGGGUCCAGGGAUUGAAGUGAAACAGCCAUCAGCUGAAAUUACUGUGGAGGGACCCGAGGGGAAAGCUUCUGGUUUGGAAGAGAAAAUUCAAAUGCCUAACUUUGAAAAGCCAAAGUUUGGAGUUUCACUUCCAAAAGGCAAAGUGCUAGAAGGUGAGAUCAGCUUAUCCAAAAUGGAAGCUGACAUUCCCAAACCAAAAGGCAGAGGCCAAGUGGGUGCAGUCAGCAUGGAAACCACGACGCUAACAGUGGAAGCCGAUGUUCCCGAUAUAGAGACUGAAGCUUCCGGCUGGAAAAUACAAACACCAUCGCUCAAAAUGCCAGAAGCAGACAUUCCAGCACCAAAGGUGGACAUCACCCUCCCAUCAGUAGAUGCUUCUUUUCCAAAGGCCGAGGUGGAUAUUAAGGGCCCAGAUGCAACAGCUAAAGCGGUGGAGACAGAAUAUGAAAUAGAAGUCACAGAUAAAGAUGCUAAAGGAAAAGAAAGCAAGUUCAAAAUACCAAAAUUCAAAGUCCCAUCAUUUAGCUGGUCACCAAAGAAAGAAGCAGUUGUUAUAUGUGAUACUGAAACAACCCUUGAAGAGCCUACUUUGGCCUCUUCAUUAGGAGAAACAGAAGCUGAACUAACAUUAACUGUAGCUGAGGUUCAGUGCCCAAGUGUGGAUCUCGAAAGUGAUAUGCCUAUAGGAAAACAUGGUGAGAAGGGCAAAAUUAAAAAGCCUCAGUUCAGCAUGCCAAAGAUAUCACUUCCUAAAAUGAAAGGUUACAAAGGACAGGUCUCUCUGCCAAAAUUGGAAAGUGUUAGUGGUCCUAAGCCAGAAAAUGAAGGAGAUGUUUCAGAGCAGAUAUCAGAGAAAGGAAGCAGUGGAGAUAGAGAAGGAAUAACCAUAAAAAUGCCAAAGGUUAAGAUCUCUACUUCAGAAUUUUCAAAACCAGAAACCAAAGCUCCCAAAAUGGAUAUGGAUGUUAGCUUACCUACGGUUGAUCUCACGCUUCCUACAUAUGAUGCAACUAUUCAACAAGCUGACUUGAAAUUGGGGUCUGCUGGUGCUGAUGUCAGCCUGUCAGCCCCAGAUAUUAAGAUUCCAACAUCAGAAGGAUCUACAGAGUUGCAGAGUCCAGAAAUAGGAGUUGAAGGAAUAUCAGCUGGAAUUGCUGUGGAUGGAACGGAGAUGAAAGUUGAAGGUUUUGAAGGGAAGGUUAAAAUGCCCAAAUUCCAAAAUCCAAAGUUUGCAAUUUCACAUCCUAAAGGGAAAGUGCCAGAGAGUGAGAUCAGUUUAUCCAAAAUGGAAGCUGAUGUUCCCCAGCUAAAAGCAAUGACAGAUAUUGUUGACAUUGCUGUGGAAGCACCAACAAUAGAAGUUGAAUCUGCCAUCCUUAAUGCAGAAACAGAAUCUUCAGGCUGGAAAAUCAAAAUGCCGAAAAUAUCUGAGGCUGAUAUUAAGACACCCAAAGCUGACAUUAACCUCCAAUCUAACAUUUCUGUUCCAAUGACAGAGAUUAGCAUUCAAGAUUCAAAUAUGCCAUCUAAAGCAACAAUGGUUGAGGAAGAAAUAAAACCUAGAGAUACUGAUAUAGAAGGGAAAGAAGGACAUUUCAAGUUGCCAAAAUUCAAAUUGCCAUCAUUUAGUUGGUCACUAAAAAAAGAAGCAAGCAUUAAAGCUGAUUCUGAAGCACUUCUGGAAGAGCCUAAAAUUACCAUAUCAUCAGGCAAAACAGACACAAAACUAGCAGAAAUUGUAACUAAGGAUCAGGGUCCAAGCAUAGAUCUUGAUAUUGAAAUAUCUACAGGAAAAGAACAAAAAAGCCAAAUUAAAAAGCCUCAAUUUAUCAUGCCUAAAAUUUCAUUCUCCAAAAUUAAGGCUCCUAAAUCUCAGGUGAAUCUGCCAAAAGUGGAAGCUGAUGUUACUGCUCCUAAACCAGAAAGAGAUGGGGAAGACUUAGUGCAGAUACCUGAUAUAGAAAGCAGUCAUACCAAAAGCAUAGAUGAGGGAGCACAAAUAAACAUAAAAAUGCCAAAAGUUCAGAUUCCUACUCUGGAUUUUUCCAAACCAGAAAUCAAAGUUCCCAGAUCAGACAUGGACAUUAGCCUACCUAAGGCUGAUGCCACCUUUCCUACAUAUGAUGUGAGUCUUCAACAAGCUGACCUCAAAUUAAGGUCUGCUGGUGAUGACCUCAGCUUGUCCCCAGGUAUUAAAUUUCCCACAGCAGAAGCUUCCAUUGAGCUGAAAAGUCCAGAAACAGGAAUUGAAGGACCAUUGGCAGUGGAUGGAGCAGAAGUGAAAGCUGAAAGUCUUGAAGGGAAGAUGAAGAUGCCUAAAUUCCAAAAGCUAAAGUUUGGAAUUUCACUUCCAAAAGGAAAAAGACCAGAAAGUGAGAUCAGCUUACCCAAAAUGGAAUCUGGAGUUCCCCAGCUUACAAAGACAACAGAUAUUGCUGACAUUGCUGUGGAAGCUCCAAUACUAGAAAUUAAAUCUGAUGUCUCUCAUGCAGAAAUAGAGGUUUCAGCUGGGAAAAUGAAAAUGCCUCAAGUUUCUAUCACUGACAGUAAAGCUCCAAAGAUGGAUGCUAGUCUCCCAUCAGUUUCUGUUUCAACCACAGAGGUGGCCAUUCAAAGCCCUAAGGUGGAGGAUAUGAAAGUGCAAGUCGAACAUGAAAUGAAGUCUGGAGAAAUUCAGACUGAAGAACAUCAGGGCUGGUUUAAAAUGCCAAAAUUCAGAAUGCCAACAUUUGGUCGGUCAUCUUCUAAGGAAAAAAGAGGUGACAUUGAUAGUGAAGGGAGCCUGGAAAAGCCUCAAGUAAGUGCUCCUUCUGCUGAAACGCAAACUGAAAUAGAAGCUCCUAAAUAUGCAACAUCAUUGCCAUAUGUGGACACUGAAUCUACUGCUGGAAAGGAUGUUUUGGAAGGUAAAAUCAAAUCUGCUAAAGCAGAGAUUUCAAAAGUAGGAGUUUCUCUCCACAAAGGUAAAAGUUAUGAUUUUACCUCAUCAAAGUUUGAAGCAGAAGUUUCACUACCUCCAGAAAAAGUAGUUAUUAAAGUGAGCAUUCCUGGAACAGAAACUUAUGCUGAUGUAGUUAAACGCGGUGCUGAAGGACAACAAUUGAAAACAUAUACUCCAAAAGUCAUGAUACCUAAGGUAGAACUCUCUACGUCAGAAACUAGGGUGGACAUCAGCUUACCAAAAGCUGACAUUACACUCCCUAAAUGUGAUCUGACCCUUCAAGAACAAAAAACCAAAUCAAAGCGUGCAGAGGUUCCAACAGCAGAACAUUCCAUUGAACUGAAGAGUCCAGAAAUAGGAGCCAAAGCACCAUCUGUUGAAAUUGCUUUGGAUGGAACACAGAAGAAAUUAGAUGUCCUCCCAAAAGUAGAGCUGGACAUUCUACAUGCAGGUGCAGGAAUUAAAACUGAAAAGCUAGAGGGCAUGAUAAAAUCUACAGAAAAGGAUGUUCAAGGAAGAGAAAGUAAAUCAAAAAUGCCAAAAUUCAGUGUACCCUCAUUUGGAUGGCCUGCCACAAAGGGAACAGGAGAUGCUGCUGAUGUUAAAACCAACCUUGAAGAGACCAAGAUAGGUGCUCCAGAAAUUAAAAUGGAUACUGAAAUAAGUGUUGUAGACCAUGAAAUACAGUUUCCAGCUGAAAGUGUUGAAAAAGAUAUAUCUGCAGAAGUCAGGGUGAAAGUGGAAGGUGGAGAUGAAGCAAGAAAAAUGAAAACACCUAAAUUUAAGAUGCCAAAGUUUGGAGCAUUACAUUCAAAAGCAAAGGGUUCUGAAGUUGAUGUCUUUCUCCCAAAGUUAGAGGCUGAUGUUUCACUGCCUAAAACUGAACUAAGCAUAGUAGAAAUCCAGCUUAAAAAAGCAGAUGGCUCCAUUGACCUGCAAAGUCCAAGUUCAGACCUUAUGGAACCAUCAACCGGGAUUUCAAAGGACAAGCCAGACAAACAAAGUGAAAGUGUAGAGGUAAAUAUUAAAAUUCCCAAGUUAAAAAUACCAGCGUUCACUUACAAUGCACCCACAGUUGAAACUGACGUUUCAACAUCAAAAGUGGCAACAGACGUGAAAGGUGCUGGUACUGACAUUGAAACACCAAAACUGGAAGUAAGCACUAGGAUCCCUAAAGAAAGACCAGAGUUUGUGGGUAGUAAUAUCCAAACGCCAUCAAUCAAAAUUCCAACAUUGGCUGAAUAUGACAUUAAAACCCCACAGGUAUACGUUAAACUCCCAUCCACAGACUCUUCGGUUUCAAAAGCAGCACUACAGAUUCAGGGACCACUUGCAGAGGGUAAAGAAAUAAAGACACAAGGUGAAGUUGAAUCUGGACAUGGUGAUAUCGAAACGCGUGAGACUUACUCCUCUCAGAUAGUGAAAGAAUCUGAGAUUCCUUCAUCAGAAAUUAAAACUGCUAGUUUUGGAUUUUCACUUCUCAAAGUGAAGAUACCUGAGUCACAUGUUAAACUAGACAUGCCAGUCAAACUGCAGUCUUAUACAGAAUAUAAACAUGAGGUGUCCGAGAGUGAAGUUCACCAACCUAAACUUUCUGAUGCAAAUUUAGGGGUAGCAAUACAGAAGACUGACACUGCUGAGUCUAAAUUAUCUGGCAAACAACAAAGUGAAACUGAUGAAUCUAAUGAUGUCAUUUCUUCCAGUGUUAGUUUGCCAAAAUUGAAAACAUUUACAGUUGAAGUACAGCCUUCCAAUAAACUUGGAGACACUCAAUCUGAUAAGCAACCAGAGGAAAUAGCUGUAUCUCCUCUCUCUAAAGAUGAUGAAAUAGCUAAAAUACCAGAAGAUGAAGAAAAAGAUAUGAAGGAUCAAAAAGAAAAAACUGACAGUAAAAGAUCUUCUGGCAGAUUCAAAUUUUGGCUUCCAAGUAUUGGAUUUUCUUCCUCUGUUGAUGACACAGGCUCAGAUUCCAAACCUGAAGUCCAAAAAUCAAUUCCAGAAGAAAUCCAACCUGUUGAUUCUUCUGCGUCAGAUACUGACUCUUCUAAACAAACUGAAAAAACUGGAUGGUUUAGAUUUCCCAAAUUAGGCUUCUCAUCCCCAUCAAAAAAGGCUAAGAACAUUGACAAAGAAGAAGAGACAAAUCUAAAAGAAGUGAAAACUUCAGAUGAUGAAAGUCCAUCAGAGAAACCUGAAACAUUUUUUGAUGCAGAAGAAAGCUUAUCGCCUAAAGAAGAAACAAUUAAGGGUGAAGAAAAUGAAACUACAGGGACCUCAUCUAAUGUCCAAGUUUCAGGUGCUAUAGUUACAUCAUCAGCAAGAACUGAAUUAAUCUUGUUGGAGAGGGAAAAAGCUAGUCAGCAAAGUAUUCUUGAAAAGACCACCAAAUGAGUAUUUUUUUCUGAUCUGAAUGUAUAUGGAAAAUCUGAAUGUAGAACAAACUAAGAGAAAAACACAUGCAGAAAAAUGCUGACUUCCCAAAGAGUUUUCCAGAAGAAAUGAAAGUGGAACAGAACUUAAAAAUGACAUUUAUGAAAACAGUCUAUGGAUCAUUCUUCACUACACUAGCAUUUGCAAGCACAUGAACAUACUAUAGGUUCUAAUGUAACUUUUGUUUCCAUGAGAUGUACCCAAGAAGAAACACACAACUACUGAUGAAAAGGAGGCAUUCAUACUUUUAACAAAGUCUGAUAAAAUUCUCCUAACCAUGCAAAAUAAAGUGUUGAAUGGAGCAAAGAUAGUGAAAAGAUUUUAUUAAAUACAAUUCUCUAAAACAUGCCAAUUGUGUUUAGGUUAUAGAUUAUUUGCAGAAAGGAGUAUAAAGCUAGUGCUAUGAGGACUAGAAAUAUACAUAACUGUUUAGAUUUUAUUUUAUUAAAUAUAUGUCUGUCUUGAUGUUGCUUUCUUAUGAAAAAUAUAUUUUCUUUAUCUUAGAUAGAGCAAUAUUUGUAUUCCAUGAUCAUUUUAAAAUGUCAAAUAAGUAGAAAUAAUACUGUUGAUAUGACAAUCCUCCCCCCACCACCACCCCAGUUAGUAGGGUGGAUAAUAUUUAGCCUUAAAAAAAAUAAAAACUUCAGGAAAUGCUCCAGAUUCCUGAAAAAUAUAUACUGCUGACUCACAUAUUCAAAAUACAAAAAUAAAAUAUGGCAACUAAGAAGAAUAA